AUGGUCAUCCAUGCGGUGAUGGCAUACAAUAUCCCUCAGGAAUUGAUCCACUGCUAUCGGGGAAAUUACACAUUACCAACAGUUGGCUACAACCAGCAGCUAUUGCUGGAACUGAUACGGAAGAUCGAGAUGAAAAAUCCAACCACGUUGGAUAUGCGCAUGUUAAGCGUGGAUUUGUUACAUCGCCUACGCGUAGACGGCAUCGAGAAGGCUCCCGGCCUAAAGGAAACCGAAUUCGUAACUCCAUUCAGCGCCAGAGGUCUCAUGGUACCUAAAUAUUCGCUUCUACUGCAACUUAUUUCCAACAUACCUGGCACGGUCGAGUUUGAGCAGUUUCUGAGUCCACUGGAAGUUUGUUUACUUCAUCGGUUGCUUAGUAGUUCCGUUGAGCCGUACCAACGCGGUGAUGAGCGUACAACUUGUCCAGGGACAUUAGCUGAUUCCAGAAAUCCCCAGGCACCUUGGGUAACCCAAAACAAAAGCCAACGUAAUCAAACAAGCAGUACAACCUUUGACAGGCCCAUUUCGCGUUGUCCAUUGGAAGGUGGAACCUAUAGGAGUACCAAAUAUGGAUCGGUUGCUCCUGGAGUCGUAGUCGCAUCAAUCGCUGCUGGUCUACAACCGCAGAAUGUCCGUAUCAGUGAAUUCAUCUCGGCAUACAAACGAAAAAAUCCCUACGAAAAUCUAGAAACUAUGGAACGAGUAGACACUCGUAAACAGCUGGAGAAACUUUUCAACUCGAUGGAGGCGAUCGAUAACAUAUACGUGGCCGGUUUGGCAGGGGACUUAGCUGAAGUGUGCCUCUAUCAGGGUCCGUACGUUGGAACGGACUUACGUGUCGGGUUGAAUGGAACGUGGAAUGAUACGUAUUUUCCGAGAGUCCGAUAUCUGGCAGAAAACCACAACGGUCGCUGGGAGAUGACGGAUAGUGAGAUACUUUCGGGUAUUGACGGAUACUUCCUGGCGCAGCAGGUUCCAAACUUUGUCAACAAAGUUCGCCGGCUUCGGUUGUCGCAAGUGCUGGACAUGUAUUACAGCGAUCGAGGAAUUCCAAUAAUUUCCAUCGAAAAUGUGCGCAAACGAAAAUUGCACAACAGUAGGUUGUUGGCACCGAAGAGCUCGAAGAAUACCGAACUUCGAGAGGACUCUUUGGACGACCUUUUCAACGCCGAUGGAAGAACUCGUCUUCGGAAAGUUUUUAAUGACGAUGAGCAGCACUCAAUUAAAAGUGAUCAAUCCGCCAGUGAUGAAAUUAAUAAGGCAUGCUAUCGGAAGCAGAUUCUGCAGACCAUCGAGCGCGAUAAACUAAAGCAGGAGACGUUUAACUUUGUACAGGUUUUACAGUAUGCGACCGGUAGCGUCGUUGUGGAAGACUCUCUAAUGCGCCGAAAUUGUGAUGCAGCCGUUGAUAGGUUUUUCAGCUAUUCGACGAAUCUUUUGUCAACGGUAGAGGAUUGCUCUGCCAUCGGUACUUCCGAUGCCAAGCCAGUCGUUGACUUGCUGCUGGUAAUUGAUGGCUCAAGAAGUGCUUACGAAAAUCAGAGACUUAUAUUCCAUGUGGCUGAAAUGGCCGACAUCUCUAUUUACGGAUCGUACAUGUCUGUUAUACAUGGUCAAACGGGAGAGUUUAUCGUUAAUCGAACUAACAGUGUUGCCAGUGUUUUUGAACAACUUGCCAGUCUUAAUGGCUCUUAUCCUUCAUCCCUCUCACUGUCCAAAAGCUUUAACUCUAUUGUCAAUAGAUUAUCUGCUCAGAUGGACGAAGAACGAUCCUACAGAGUGGUGGGUGCUAGUUCGCCUGUAAUCCUAGUUAUAUCUCAAGGUCAAAAAAUAAUACAAUCGGAUUAUGACAGUGCUCGUCGAAUUCUGACCAGUUCAUUCGAGCAGUUUCCUGAUUUGUACUUUAUUUUCUUAACCAAUGAUGUUGGGACAUUCAGUCAGUUGACCGAUUUUACGGGGCUUUCCCAUAGUCGCAUUCCAAUAGAGGAGCACUACAGAAUAAUUGAAUCAACAUCGAUCGACCCACAGCCUUUCAGUGAAGAACUGUAUGCCAUACUGAAGGCGUUUCCUCAACGGUUGAUAGCGCCGUUCUGCCGAACAUCCUCCAAUCGAGAUAUGUGGCGCAACGUCAACAUACGCGAAGAGUACGAACAAUACAUUAGUCCGGGCGUGGAGCUGCGUUAUCGUAUCAAUCGAAACUUCCUCUGGAAUACUGGCAAUGUUGAGGUUCAAUUUCAAAACUCUGCGUACGGAGAGUUUACCGUAUGUGGAACAUUCAAUAGAGAGCUGGCGGGUUUGUACUGUAAAACUACAACACCGGAGCAGGAUAACGUGUGGUUCAACUUCACCGGGUUAUGUCAGGGUGAUGCGGAAUUUCAAUGUCCGUCUCUGUACUUCGUCGUGCAGCUAGAGAAUUCUUUCAUGCGUUGUACCGAGAAUGACUGCCGCUAUCCGGAUCAGGUUCGGAUGGUCAUCAAGCAUCAAGGACUGCGAUGUCCGAUGGAUACGAACGGGUUUGCAAGUAGGAUAGUUGCCAUGCCUCAGGAAAUCAACAAAAGUGUUGAACUGCGGCAGCAGCAAAUUGAUCUGAAGUAUGGAUUUGAAUUGAUCGAAGAAUAUUAG